AUGGUGGAGCAGGAGCAGGAGGAAGUCGGCUGGAAUCCUGCACGACGAGCCUCUGGUGGGAAGGGAGAAAAGGGUGGGAUGUAUGGUGGUGCUGGUGGUGGUGGUGCUGGUGGUGGUGGUGCUGGUGGUGGUGGUGCUGGUGGUGGUGGUGCUGGUACUGGACUGGUACUGGACUGGUACCUAGACUUGGUAUGA